AUGGAUUCCGUCAUCGCCCAAAUCAAACAUCUGAUGCAAACUGCCGACGAAGCCGGUCGGUUGAACAUCCGCAAGACUCUCCAGCAGGUGCAAGCGGAGUUUGAUUCUCCCAAGGAAGUCUUGCAUUCUAUUGCAAACUCGAACUUGCUCCCGUCGGUCGUCCGCGUUGGCGCCGACUUAAACAUAUUCGGCACGCUGUGCAACCACCAGGGCUCCAUGAGUGUCGACGAUCUUGCAAAGUCAUCGGGCGCAUCACCUCAGUUACUAGAGCGAGUUCUCCGCUACUUGGCUUCCAACAACAUUAUCCAUGAAGUCAGCGAAGACGAAUACGAGGCCAACAAAAGCACUCACAUCAUUGCAGACCCUGCCGGAGAGGGUAUGAUUCACUACGGAGUCGACGUCCAUGCUCGCAUCGCACAGGUUCUGCCAGCGUUUUUGGCCGAAACAAACUAUCAAGAUAUCACCUGUGUGACCAAGACUCCCUUCCAGAAGGCUUUCGAUACUGAGCUCGCUGCCUUCGAUUGGCUCGUUCAACGUCCGGAGCUCUUCGCAUCACUGCAAAAGAUCAUGACCUCGCUGAAAUCAGCCGAUUGGACCACCGGGUUUGAUUUGAUUGACCAAGAAGCCCAAAAAGUUUCGUCCGGUCCCACAGAGGGUUUUACAAAACCCUUCCUCGUGGAUGUUGGCGGCGGGUACGGCCACCAAUGUAUCAUGCUUGCGAAGAAGUAUCCCAACCUCCUAGACCAUAUUGUACUCCAGGAUUUGCCAGAGGCGGUUAAAAAGCUGCCUCCGAUUGAAGGCGUGAAAGCUGAAGCUUAUGACUUCUUUAAGAAGCAACCCAUUACAGGGGCCAAAUUCUAUUACAUGCGCAGAAUCAUGCACGACUGGUGCGACGAUGAUGCUUCAAAGAUCCUUCUGAAUGUGGCAGCUGCCAUGGGCCCGGAUUCUCGCAUUCUGAUUGACGAAGUCGUCCUGCCUAGGACUGGCGCUCACUGGCAGGCGACAAUGGCUGAUAUCGCCAUGAUGGCUGCGUCUGCUGGGAAGGAGCGCAGCGUGCCGCAGUGGAAUGCGCUCUGUGAGCGUUCCGGAUUGCGGGUCGAGCAGAUUCACACCUACGAGCCGGUGACUUAUACAUCGAUUCUGGUUUUGGUGCCCCAGUAG